UAUACUGGCGUGGUUCGGAAGUCACGUAAAGCAGUUGGUCCCGUUGCUGGAUAGCCACUGAUUCCAUGCAACGUAAAAACAUCAUACAAACAAACAAACUAAGACUUAUACUCGAAUUUCGCAGAGAACUUCUGGACCGAGACUGACCUCUACACGUUGUUGAGCACCUACAAGAAGGUGAAACCGAAGCUCUGCAGCAUCCUGGAUUCCAGCAGGACCCUGUGGAGGAAAGUGGGCGUCUCCAUGAACAGACACCCUAAACUCUGCGAGAGGAAAUUCAACGAUCUAGUGAUCAAGUACGAAGAAAUCCGAGAGGACGAGGGCAGGGAAGCCAGGAGGCUGAGGAGCACCCUGUAUUACGAUCUCCUCCACGAGCUGAUCGAGAACGACCCGGCCACGGCCCUGAGGAACGUCGUGCCGGACGCUGGCAUUCUGGCAGUCAAUCUGGGCAACAAGAGCCCCGAUUCCUUGAGCGACUCUGCUCCGACGGACAACGACGAACCGUUCCUGCUGCAGAAGUCGACGGCCGGACGCGGGGUCGAGCAGGCGACCAUCACGACGCUCCCUGGAGAUAAAAGGGCGUCUACAUCUAAAGCUACACAAGCAAGACGUGCAAGAUAUGCAAAGCAUGCAAGGCCCUAAGUUAAGAAAUUAUGCAAACUGUGACCUCAGAGUGAUGGAGGUGGAACGACGGACGCCCAGGGACGUAUCGUACUUGCUGCAACUUGCACGCCCUUAGGGCCAACGAAAUGACCCCCCCAGAAAAAAAAAAUAAUGGGCGGGGGAGUCGUUCGUGAAUCACUUCCGUUUUUAUACGCGUUCCUCGAGUAGUAGAAUAUUGAGUGACGUCAACUUUUAUACGUAAUAAAAUAUUAUUAUUAUUAUUAUUAUUAUUAUUAUUAUUAUUAUUAUUAUUAUUAUUAUUAUUAUUAUUAGAAAAGUAAAUCCACAAUAAUAUGACUGUUUGAUCUCGUUAUUUAAAAUACAAAGCAGAACGCUAUCGAUGACUCUGCACGGUCUCCUUGUCAAUUUAAAAAAAAAACAAGAUCAAACAGACAUAUUAUUGUGGAUUUACUUUUCCAUUUUAAUGAAUGAAGUGAUUGUGAAUUU